CCGCUAAUUGUGCAUCUAGCUUUGGUAGCUACAUAUAUAUAAGCACAGCUUAUUUGAGACGCAUCAUUGUCCCAUCGACAGCAGUGCAGUGAUUACAAACAAACAAAAUGAAGAGCUUCGUUGUAUUCGUUGCCGUUUUCGGUUUAACUUUGGCUGCGUUAUCCGACGAACAACGCGCCAAACUGAAAACGUACCACGAGGAAUGCUCCAAAGAAUCUCAAGUCGACCAAAGCUUGGUGGAGAAAGCCAAAGCCGGUGAAUUCACAGACGACGAUGGCUUGAAGAACCACAUUUUCUGCGUGUCCAAAAAACUAGGUUUCCAAAACGACGCUGGUGAAAUUCAAGUUGGCGUUGUCAAAGAGAAACUUGCCACUGUCAUCGACGAUCCCUCCAAAAUUGACGAAAUCGUAAAGAAGUGUGCUGUACAAAAAGACACCCCUCAGAACACCGCCUUCAGCACCAUCGAAUGUUACUACCACGCUAAACACGGAAAUUAAGGGGAAAAAUGGGCUUGUUUUAACUAAUGAUCUAGAAAUAAAUUUGACAUAAGUAUUUA